GGAAGAAUGUCUUCCACAUGUCGAAUUUGCUUAUAAUAGGGCACUACAUUCCACAACAAAUUUUUGUCCAUUUGAAAUUGUUUAUGGUUUUAAGCCACAUACUCCCAUGGAUCUUUUGCCUUUACCAUUACAGGAACAAGUUAACUUGGAUGCAGCGAAGAGAUCCAACUUUAUCAAGAAGCUACAUGAUGAGACAAGAAGAAAUAUUGAGAAGAAAUCAGCACAAUAUGCAAAGCAAGCGAACAAAGGUAAGAAGAAGGUUACAUUUCAGCCCGGUGACCUCGUGUGGUUGCAUCUACGCAAGGAUCGAUUUCCCCAACAACGUAAGAGUAAGUUAUCACCUAGAGGUGAUGGUCCAUUCAAGGUUCUAAAAAAGAUAAAUGAUAAUGCAUACAAAAUUGAGCUGCCACCUGAAUAUUCCAAUGUUAGUCCAACAUUCAAUGUCAAAGACUUGCUUCCAUUUGUUGGUGAGCCUGAGUCGAGGACGACUCCUUCUCAAGAGGGGGAGGCUGAUGAGGAUAUCCCUAGCAUUCAUUCAUCUUCAAAUGAAACUCCACUUGAUAUAAGUGGUCCAAUUACAAGAAGUAGAGCUAAACAAUUGGAGAAGGAAAUUCAUUCUCAGGUGAACGCUAACCUUAUGUUUAAUAAUCAGUUUAUGUUGAAUGAUCCUAUACUUUUGAGUUCUUGUUUCAAUGUCCUUAGGAAUGAUGGAGGGUAUGAACCAGCAUGGGAUGAAGAUGGAUUCAAGCCUUUGGACAUCUGAAC